AUGGCAUCCACCUCCGGGGUAGGGUCGUAUUCGAACCCUUUGAAGAAGUUCAAGCUGGUUUUCUUGGGCGAGCAGAGUGUUGGAAAAACUUCCCUGAUCACACGGUUCAUGUACGACUCGUUUGACAACACGUACCAAGCUACCAUUGGAAUCGAUUUCCUGUCAAAGACUAUGUACUUGGAAGAUAGAACCGUUCGCCUUCAACUUUGGGACACAGCCGGUCAAGAGCGUUUCCGAUCCUUGAUUCCUUCCUACAUCCGUGACUCGAGUGUCGCGGUGGUGGUCUACGAUAUCUCCAACGCCAAGUCUUUCCAAAACACACGCAAAUGGAUCGAUGAUGUACGUGGGGAGCGCGGUAACGAUGUGAUCAUCGUUCUGGUGGGCAACAAGACCGAUUUGAACGACAAGCGCGAGGUCACGACGGCGCAGGGCGAGGAGGAGGCGAAGAAGAACGGCUUGAUGUUCAUCGAAACCAGUGCUAAAGUCGGUCACAAUGUGAAGCAGCUUUUCCGGAGAAUUGCGCAAGCCCUACCGGGCAUGGAGGGUGAAGCCAACCGGGGAGACAACCAAAUGAUCGAUGUCAACAUCACCCCCAAAGAGACCACGACCAACGACGGAUGCGCCUGCUAG